AUGUUGGAAAAUAUAAAAUAUUUAUUAAUUCCUCAUUCAAGAGAAAGAUAUGGAAUUUACCCAAUUGUUUUAAGAGAAGUGUUUAGCUAAUUGUCAAGGAAUGUUUAGAUUUACAUUUAUUUUACAAUAUCAAAAUUGUUGAUUGCAUUAAUAUUUUUAGGAGAUGCUUUAAAAUGUGAGCUUUCAGAAUCACAUUCAACAGCUAUGACAGUAAUAUUGCACUGUAUUUUCCUGUUAUACCACGAGUUCAAGUACAAGAUGGAAUUAGAAAAUGUUGACAAAUUGAAUUUAAUUCAAUUUGCUUUGGAAUAAUAAGGAAUGAAUUUAGAAUAGAUUCUAGAUAGACAAUCAUUUAAUAAAUUGAUGAUGACUGUAAAGAAAUUAAUAUUUUCUUAAUGUCCUGAUUUGAAUGUAAUUGGUAGUAAUAUUUAAAUAGAGAGAAUAAAAAUAUUUGAACUUUUUAGCUUAGGUGAUUAUAAUUAGGUUUUUUAUAUUGAUGUUGAAUUCACCAUUUAAUUUUAAUAUGUUUCAAUACUUUGAAGAGACUUGUGAUGCAGAUUUAUUGAAUGUAAUGUUUAUAGUGGUUUUAUCGAUGUUUCUAGAGUUCAUUUUUCUAUAUUGUUUGGUGUUUAUGUUGGUGAUUGCAUUACCGUAUAUAUAUAUAUAUUCAAUAAUAAUUUAGAUUACUUUGUUGUUUAUCAAUAUAUAGGAAAGGGAAAUAAUUAUAUUCCAUUCGUAGAUUAAAGAAAUAAUUGGAUUCGAUACCUCCUCAUAAAUACACAGGUUUAGAUGAUACUUGGGUAAAAGAGGAUAAGACUUGUUGUAUAUGUAUGUAGGAAUAUGUUCAAUAAGAAAGCAUAUUACAAUUACCUUGCAGUGGAUAACACUAAUUUCAUGAAGGAUGUAUUAGGAAUUGGUUUAAUGUAAAUAUUUAAUCUUAAUUAAAAUAGGUAUCAACUAGUUGUCCAAUUUGUAGAUAAUAGUUAGGUUGA